AUGAAGCCGCAGCAGACAGUACUCGUCUUCAAGCCUUCGCUCAAGAAGGAGAGCGACCGCAAGGCGCAGCUCGCCACCAUCCAGGCGUCUCGCGCUCUCAGCGAGGUCAUCCGAACCACGCUGGGACCGCGCGCGAUGCUCAAGAUGAUGCUCGAUCCUAUGGGCGGGAUCGUCAUCACCAACGACGGAAACGCAAUAUUGCGCGAGAUUGACGUCUCAAAUCCGGCAGCAAAGAGCCUUAUCGAGUUGAGCCGGUCGCAGGACGAGGAGGUCGGCGACGGCACCACCAGCUGUGUCAUCCUCAGCGGACAAAUGCUCUCCAACGCAGAGCCGCUCCUCAAGCGCGACAUCCACCCCACGAAAAUCGUUGACGGAUACAUGGAGGCGCUCGAGGACGCGCUCGAGGUGAUGGAUGAGAUCUCGACGCAGAUAGAUCUGGAUGACGAAGAGGCUGUGAAGAGCGUGAUACAGUCCAGUCUCGAAACCAAGUUCUCCAGCAAGUGGGGCAACCUCAUCGCGUCACUAGCGCUCAAUGCCGUGCGCAGGGUCAAGGUGACACGCCCAAAUGGACGGAACGUGAUCGACAUUAAGCGAUACGCCAAGGUCGAGAAGAUACCCGGAGGCAUGCCAGAGGAUUCGGUGGUGCUUGAUGGAAUACUGGUCAACAAGGAUGUUGUACACCCGAGCAUGUCACGGCGCAUAGAGAAUCCCCGCAUACUCAUAUUGGACUGCACUCUGGAGUACAAAAAGGGUGAAUCCCAAACCAUCGUCGACAUCACCGACGAAGCGGGGUGGGCCAAGCUGCUGGAGCAGGAGGAGACCGAGAUAUUUAACAUGUGCCAAAACAUUAUACAAACAGGAUGCAACGUGGUGGUCACGGAGAAAGGUGUGUCUGACCUCGCGCAACACUUCUUGUCCAAGGCUGGCAUCAGCUGCAUAAGGCGGAUCCGUAAAACCGACGCCAAUAGGUUGGCACGCGUCACCGGAGCUACUAUAGUAAACCGGACUGAAGAGGCGUUGCCAAACGAUGUUGGUACUGACUGUGGACUUUUCGAGGUCAGGAAAAUUGGGGAUGAGUACUUUUCGUACUUCGUCAAAUGCAAGGACCCCAAGGCGUGCUCUGUUAUCCUCAGGGGGUCGUCCAAGGACGUUCUCAAUGAAAUAGAGCGCAACCUACAAGAUGCCAUGAAUGUGUGCCGCAAUAUCAUGCUAGAAGGCAAGCUGCUUCCGGGAGGAGGAGCCACGGAAAUCGAGGUUUCGUGCCGCCUUAACGCCAAACUCGACAGCAAGGCCGGGCUCAAGAGGUGGUCUUACCGUGCCGCCGCUAAGGCAUUUGAGGUCAUUCCCAAGACUUUGGCGCAGAAUUGCGGCGCUAAUCCAGUGCGUGUGAUCACCGAACUGACCUCGCUCCAUUCCGCUGGUAAUGUGAAUGCAGGAUUGGACGGCGAAACCGGUGAAAUAUGCGACACCAUGAAAAAACAGAUCUUCGACACCUAUGCAGUUAAGGCUCAAGUAUUCAAGAGCGCCAUAGAGGCCACGUGUAUGCUGCUCCGUAUCGACAUGAUCGUCUCCGGUAUCGGAAAGCGCGAGGAGCCCUCGGUCGGCGAAAAACUCGCUGUCAACGAGGAGGCGCUGGAUGCCCAAGCUUAA